AUGGAAAAUUUACUUGAAAACCUUUCAAACGGCCCUUCUCAGGGCCUAAACACAAACGGCUCUUCUCAGAGCCUGCCGGAGCCGGUCAAUAGGAUUGAGGCAGAAAGGGUGCUCCUCGGAAACAAGCCGGGUGAAAGAGCCCCUUAUAAAGGCCGCUUUGAUCUUCCUGAUAUCGAAUCCGAAUCGGAGGAGGAAGAGUCCGUCCUUCCGGAGGAGCGACCGAGCGCGAGUAAAAGGGCCCGGAAACCACAAGCUGGAGAUCCGGAACCUGAUAGCGGGCCCAAAAAAGUAGCCCUCUCAAACACGAAGACACCAGUAGGCCACUACUCGGGAAUGGCGAAAGCCAGGUCCCUAUUGCGGGCAGAUAUUGAUACAGACUUCGUGGCGGACCUAGAGGCAGCAGUAACCAGUGGCCGCCGGAGCGCUCGCCUGCAAUACAAGAAGGCAUCGCAACCUAAUAGGGACCGAAGCCCAAUUAUGGACGGGUUAGAGAAUGUAAGAGAGGACGUCGUUAAAAUUGUACGCCAAGCGACACAAACGGUCAGUGAAGAGGUAAAAAAGUCGUCUAACAUCAGCGGGCGGGUUGUGGGCAAAAUAAACACUGCCCUCAAAGAUAUUGCUAACGCGAUGAACGGACUGGCAAACCGGGAAGAGGGAGAUGAGUUGCGCGCUCUUCGCGCUGAUAACAAAAGAAUGCGCGAGCAGCUUGCACUCCUACAAGAGGAAACCAAAGCCCUCAGGAGAGCUUUCUCGGAAAGGAAUGAAGGGAGGAAAAAGCCGCCACAGACAGAGGCCAACUCUGUUCAUGCGUUGGCUAUUAAAGAGUCAUUAGCGGAACUCAAAGAGGAGCUCAAAAACGAACUCAUCAAGACUGUCGGUGAUAUUAUUAAUAUUCGCCUGGAUGAGGUGAAACGACGUCUCCCUCCUGAACCGAUACUGCGCCCUCCGCUGGCGGCUGACCGGGAGGGAGCAAGAGACGCCACCCAAAUACAAAGCCUACCAACGGCCCAUGUGAGGGACUCGAAAGACCGGCCUGUCCCCAAACCACGAAAGCAGAAGCCGACCCGCGCGGACCCGGCCAUGGGAACACAACCCAAGGCAGUAAAUGUCGCGUCAGCGCCACGGCCGAAGCGACUUCAGACGGCACCACCAACACCGUCCACGCAACCUACAAGGUUGUCUCAAGAUGCGUCGCAGGAGGAAACAUGGAGUCAAGUGACACACAAGAAGAAAAAGGCUAAAAAGGCCGUUAAAGCGGUGACAUCGGCACCUCAGCCGGCUACCAAACCGGCACCGAAACCGCGCAAACGUGGAGUUGUAGUUCCUCCGAUGGCAGCUAUAGUUGUGGCCUUAAAGCCGGAAUCAGAGGCUACUUAUGCCUCCAUUUUGACCAAGGCCACAACCUCAUUUAGGCUAACUGAAUUUGGUAUUGACCAUGUGCGGAUCCGCAAAACAGCGGAUGGGGCUCGAAUAAUUGAGGUUCCCAACGCGGACAACGGCAGAGCGGCUGACAAUCUGCGGGAAAAGUUAGAAACCCUCGUAGGAGAGGAUGCAAAGGUGUACAGACCCGUAAAAAUGGCUGGUCUGCGCGUGUCUUGUCUUAACGAGUCAGCAACGCCUGAUGCAGUCGCAGCAGUGAUAGCGGCCAAAGGUGGAUGCAGUGUAGAGGAAGUCAAGGUGGGUGCAAUCCGCGCCUCUUUCAACGGGUCCGGGUCAACCCUGGUGAAAUGUCCUGUAGCGGCGGCGAAGAAAGUGGCGGAUGACGGGAGAAUCUCAGUGGGGUGGUCAAAUGCGGUGGUCCAGGUUCUGGACCCGACACCGUUCCGGUGCUAUAAAUGCAUGGGGACGGGGCACACCAGAACAACAUGCCCUUCAUCAGUAGAACGCGGUAAUUUGUGUUUCCGUUGUAGCAAACCGGGGCACAAGAUGGCGGAGUGCAUGGAGCAGGCGUUCUGCGCGGCGUGUCACCAAGCAAAGCGCCCAGCGGGCCAUGUCAUGGGGGGUCAGGCGUGCAACCCUCCAAAGACCAGAGGUAGGCAAGAUCCCGUCCGGGCCCCGGGGCGUAACCUAACAGCCGACCAGGCUGACGAGGGACGAAACAACAUGGAAGAAUAA